GUCCCAGUCCAGGGUUUGAGACUAAAGAGGAAAAUGAUCCAAGGCGAAUGUUUCAGUGUAACGCUGGAGUAGCCCGAAACAAAAGUCGCAGUGCCAAGAGGAAGGGGGUUACCUCUCCAGGGCAGGCCCACAUUGACCCCGAAUCAAUAUCAACAACAACAACAAACCAUGAACCGUUGGCCGGUGAUCCGGAAGCAAUGCCUCGAGACCCGGAAGUUGGCAGCGCCGGGACGAAGAUGGCGGCGUUUCUGGGCAGUUUCCGCGCCUUUUCAAGCGGCAGGUCGUUGUUCCGGCUGCACCAGGCUAGUCGAAUUGCAGUUUUGAAUUAUGCCAGCCACAAUAUGACAAUCGUACACCUUUGUGGUAAAAGUCUAGCAUUGAUGCCUUCAGCGGGAAUCUAUUUGAGGUGUCCACAUUAUAGCACAGCUCCCCUGGUAGCAGUAUCAGAUGAACCUGAUGCACUAUACAAGAGGAUUUCUGUGUUGGUAAAGGGCCAUGAUAAAGCUGUACUGGAUAGCUAUGAAUAUUUUGCUACACUUGCUGCUAAAGAGCUGAAUAUCACUGUUGAUAAAGUGUAUGAACCUGUAAAGAAAAUUGAUAGAAUGACACUUCUCAAAUCUGUUCAUAUUUUCAAGAAGCACAGAGUUCAGUAUGAGAUGAGAACAUACUACAGAUGUAUAGAGAUCAAACAUUUAACUGGAAGCACUGCAGAUGUGUACUUGGAAUAUAUCCAGCGCAAUCUUCCAGAAGGCAUUGCAGUGGAGGUGACCAAGACUUUGUUACAAAAGCUACCGGAACAUAUUAAAGAACCUAUUUGGAGAAUUCACUCUUCUGAAAAUGAAGUUGGUGAUUAAAUAAAACCAGAAAAAAAACAUUCUGAACACGUUUUGCUGAGAUGAUUUCUGAAUGGUGUGGGAUGCAUUUUAUUAUCUAAAAGAGAAGCUAAUCUAUGUGUUGUGUGGGUGAGAGAGGGGAAUCUGAAUUUCUGUAUUUUGAAUCCAUAAAGUAAAUUCUUAAAUUUUAAAA